AAACAUUACACACAUAUCACAACUAUUUACUACAUUGAUGCAUCUCAGUUAGAAUGAAGAUAAUUAGUCGCAUAUUUUGUGACAAAUCACACAUCAUCUAUCAUCACAUUUCAAUAUCGAUCCAUUAACAUCAAACUGACAAAUAUGAACUAAACAUUCUCACAAAACAAUUGGAAGCGCUUUUCAUCGAAUACAACUGUUUGCUUUUAAUUCAAAGUGAAAGAUACAUUGACUCACAUUUAUUACCAGUACAUACAGCAUACACAAUAUCAUCAUCUCAGUGAACAAUAUUGAAAUGUUAUUGUCAAGUGAAUCUUGGACUAAAAUAUUCAUCUUGUGCAAUUGUAGUUUUAUAGUAUUCGGUGUUGUUCUGUUAGCACUCGGAAUUCAACCACAAAUCACAUUAAAUCAAUUCAGAACUAUACUAGAAAAUGCGAAACCAGAGAUCUUCCUGAUUGUCAGUAUUUCAGGAGGUCUCGGUGUACUAGGAUCAUUUGCUGGCAUUUAUGGACACUCGAUGAAACAGAAAAUGAUCAUAUAUUUUAACAUUUUCGUUUUGUUUAUCGUGACUUGUAUGUGGAUCGGAAUGGCAUCGAAAAUAGCUUUAACGGAAGACAGGUUCCUUAAUUUAGUUAAUAGCUCGCUGAGUUCUACUGUUAAACAUUAUGAGAAACGUGUUGAUUAUCGAAUGGAGUUUGACGAAUUACAAAAGAGUUUUUACUGCUGUGGAGCAAAUUCGGAAAAUGACUAUCGACAUCCAACUAAUCAUAGGUCAGUACUUACACCUCCUUCAUGCAAAUACGACAGAUUCGCAUAUCCUAAAGGAUGUGUAUCAGCAAUAAUUGAAUAUACACAAAAUCAUCUAAAUACAGUCAUGUAUCUAUGUUUCAUAUACGGGAUUAUUCAAGCGGUCUACUUGUUAUUGUCAUUUCUGAAAAUACGUAAAUUUGAUGGUGACGAUUUUCUAUCUGCAUAAUUGUCUUAUUGAGACCAAAUGUUAAGAAGAUAUUGAAUGGAACCUAAUGUCAAUCAAACAACCGAAUCAUUGACUAUUCAUUACUCAUUCUAUUGUCAUUUGAUCUUACUAAUUUGUACACCAUUAUACACUAUUCUUAUCAACUGAAUAAUCAAUUUCUUCAUUAUUUUCCUUGUUUAAAUCAACUUGUUACUGGGAGGUAUUUCGAAAGAAAACAAACAAACAAUGAGAAACGUUCAUUCUCUUUAACACAAUCGAUAGGAUAUUUCAACUAGAGUAUAUCAGUCAAUCA